UAUAAAUCAUGGAUAAAUCACAACCUCCACCAUACUCCGAACAUCAACCAGGCUAUACACCUGCCAGCUAUUAUCAACCGGGACAACAGCAACCAAAUUUGUAUCCACCAAUGCCACAGCCACCACAACAUCAACCACCACCACCGGUGGUGCAACAGCCACCCACAGUGAUCAUCCAGACGAGGCCCCAACUGGUGGGUCUGGGCAAUCAGCCAACACGUAUGCAGUGUCCUUCGUGUCAUGCCGAUAUUAUGACCACCGUACAACAUUCGGCCAAUUCAAGGACCCAUUGCUGGGCUUUGGUUUUGUGUUUGUUCAUUUGCUGGCCCUGCGUCUGCUUACCCUACUGCAUGGAUUCAUGCCGAACUGCCAAUCAUUCUUGUCCCAAUUGCAAUGCCUACAUUGGUUCCUACGAUAACUGAGUUUCA